CACCCGUCUCUGGUGAACUGGCUGUUUAAACGGAUACAUCCUUGUUUUCACGCAUGUUCUCGCAGUCUCACGUUGCUUGGCUCCCGCAUCACGGUAACCCACCAUUACAGUUUUAGGAACUAAUGGAAAAUGUGCUCGAGAAGUUGGUCAUGCGCACUGUACACCUGACGAGGGGUAGACGCAAAAGGCGUGUGUCGAACGGGUGUCAGGGCAAACAGGUGGUACACACAAACAACAUCCAUUUGAGGAAGACGUCAGGUGCUAAAUCUUUACCUGUUGACAUGAGUUUGAAAAGAUCGGCUGCUUGGGGUAGAUAAUUUCCUGGUUUGAACAAUUCGCGUGGAGAGAGUGAGAGAAUUUCACUCAGGCGGGAACUAAAACUAAAGGUAAGUGCAGCUGACCCGGCAGGUGGGCUGCACAAAUGACCUACCAAGCGUCGCUGAGUGAAAUACCUGGGAGCAAAAUCGAAGAAACAGAACAAAGUGACCGAGGAAAUCUCGACACAGGUGGACAGGAGGAAGAUGUUCGAAGCCCACUACGGGUGUGCAGACUGGUUGCUUCGUACCCUCAUAUCACCUUCUUUGCCAUUCUGAGUGUACACAUAGGAUUUGCUGCGUUGUCAGGAGGGCUUAUAUUAAAGGGAUACAAUCUAUUUCCGGUCAACUUCGAAACUCUGCCUAUGGAGCUCAAGGAAGGUCCGUGGCUUAAACGAAGCCUGGCCUGGGAAUAUCGAAAUGAAUAUGAAGGAAGAAUACUUUCCGGCCGUCACUUACAUGGAGCUGGUCUUCAUUGCGAACAGCGACAUCUUCACCCGCGAGAACCUGCACCUCAUGCAGAGAUAGAGGAUCGCGUGUACAACAUCUCCGGCUUCACCAACUUCUGCCAACUCACGUGGGCCAGGACAUGCGUGAAGCCUACAUCUGUGCUGCGUUUCUUCGACGGCACCUACAGUAACAUCGACCACGACUCCUUGGACUCGAACUUCGACAACAUCAGCGACGUUCUGCAUGCAGCAUACAGCAGGCCGGAGUCACGCCCCACCUUGCUGUACGCUCUGGAAAAAAAUUACAAGCUUAACUCGACCUCGCUGCAAGCCAGCAUGACCAGAAGUAAAAUACCUUUUGGGUUACCCACGAAAGGAGCGGACAGUUACGAGUCCGCCAGAGACCUGCUGGUCAGUUUCAUGUCCGAGCACGUGCAGCCAGUGUUAGACGAGUUUCGAGGUGACGAACGGCUGGAGUUACUGUACUACAAUCCGUACCUUAUGAUCCACGAAGCGAGGAACCAGGCUUUCCAGGACAUGAAACUGGCUGGAGGCAGCCUCGCUUUCAUUUUCCUGUACGUGCUGCUCCACACACGAAGCCUGUGGGUCACGUGUCUGGCGGUCUUUAGCAUCGCCUGCAGUUUCCUGGAGACGAACCUCGUGUACCGCGUGGUGCUUAACUACCAGUACUUCGGCUUCUUUCACAUCAUCGCCAUCUUCGUCAUCCUUGGUAUCGGAGUUGACGAUCUCUUUGUCUUCUGGGACUCCUGGCUCGCCGCCAGCCGGACGUCACUGCCCACCCUUGCCCACCGUCUCAGCGAGGCUUACCGGAACUCGGCCACCUCCAUGUUGGUGACGUCACUGACUACCAUGCUGGCUUUUGCAGUGAACGGUCUGUCCCCGCUGCUGGCGACGAGUUCAUUUGGAGUUUUCGCGGCAGUGCUGGUGGUCGUGGACUAUAUAUCUGUAAUAACCUUCUUCCCAACAGUAGUCGUGUUUUACCAUCUUCAUUUCGAACACAUGACUCGUCGUUUCGUCGGCUUCUGUAUCCCCCGAAGAAAAGAAUCUGACAAAAAUCAGAUUGCCAAUAGGACGUGCAUAACUCAGGGAUCCGAUACCAAAGAGGAGGAGUGCAUUAAUGAUCCGACCCACAUAUCGAAUUCCUCUAGCGUUGCAUAUUUGCUUGAAAUCCCCGAGAGCAAAGAACUCACAGGGGAUGUAAAUAUCUCCAGAAGCGAUGAAUCUUUGCCAGAAUCGUUAACGAAAUCUGACAUCGAUGAAAAGAAAGUGUUUAAGACAAUUUGUGCGGAAAGUUUCGCGAGACCUGUUCACGAGCAGAACUUGUGUGCUUCGUCCAGCCCCCAAACAACACAGAAUGAUGUUCGGGGCCUUGACCAUCUUCCUGAUACAUCAGACAGAAAUAAUUCUUCUCAUGGAAGGACAGUGGUCGAGAACACCACCACGGAAAAGAGUCCAACCCUGCUGGUGAUAUUUUUCAGUGUUUACUACUUCCGGUUUGUGACGCACAAAGUGAUUCGUUGGGGUUUGGCGGUGUUUCUAGGUGUUUUGGUGACAUUCUGCUUCUUCGCAUCCAGGCUUCAGCGUGACAGUGAACAGCGGCUGCUGACUGGUGCUGUCAUCUGUACCCAGAUUCAGUUUUUCAAAGACAGUCAUCACAUCACCAGAGCUUCCCGUCUGCUCAUCGACGGAUUUUCUCAGGACGAAGUGGAUAACAAUGUUAUGGUGUACCUCGCCUGGGGGCUCAAGGAGCGCAACCUCUCAUCCUGUGAGUCCUCCCAGCUGGACUGCCUCGGCCACCCCGUGUACGACGACAGUUUUAACGCCAGCACGGAGGCUGCGCAACAGGCUUUUGUGAACCUGUGCCAAAAAUUGAAAAAUAUUACCAACGACGAAGCUGAGAAACUUGGCCAUCAUGAGGAACCACACAACAGGGGAGUUAAUUAUUGCUUGCUUCACAACGAACUUGGAGAAAUUCUUCAAGGUAUCUCAGACUACCGUUUUCACCCUUUUUGUACUGAUUCGAAAACAUUUGGACUGGACGUGGCUUUGCCCUGGAACAGAAAUAAGACCUUGACAUUUAUGAAGAGACUAAGUCUCUACUAUGAUGCCUCUGCCUUUGAAACCUCGUCGUUUAGCGAGUAUCUUGAAGAAGAGCCUUACCCAGACUGGAACAAAUUUAAUCCCCUCAUCGGUGAAAAAUACUCCCAAUCAUCCACCAGGAUUCUAACCAAAUCCACUAUCACAACAGCAAACACAAUAAAGUAUUUAGCUGUCGCUGUGACUACAAACUUGAAGUUGGAAACUCUGGCUUACACUAAACACUUGCCGGUGCUUGAGAACUGGGAACGGUUUAUGGAAGAUCAGAUGUCAGGCAUGCCACAAGAGCUGCAAGGAGGUUUCCAGACGACCACUUACGCUUGGCAUUGGCUGCACGUUCAGAAGGCUUUAGCUGACAACGCCAUAUUUGGCCUCGUUCUGGGAGUGUCCCUGUCAUUUCCGGUCCUGGUCCUAGCCACGUGCAACAUCCUCAACGGCCUGCUUGCUACUUUUGUCAUCGGUUCUGUCACGUUUUGCGUCGUUGGCAUUAUUCCUCUGGCGGGUUGGUCCAUGGGGGUGCUGGUGUCCUUAAACCUGUGUCUGGUGGCGGGGCUGGCUGUGGAUUAUGUUGUGCAUCUGGCAGAAGGCUACCACAUGUCUAAGGCAAGUGACCGGCAUGGCCGCCUGAGAGACGCGCUAGGAAGUAUGGGAUCGUCUGUGUUGUCGGGAGCCUGCUCCACGCUGGGCGCAUCCUUGUUCAUGCUGUUUGCUCAGAUCCAGUUUUUCUUCCAAUUUGGAGUCUUCAUGUUUUGCACAAUUGGUUUCUCUUUGAUCUUCUCCUUGGGCCUGUACACUACGCUUAUGGGAGUCAUGGGGCCUCAGGGUGACAUGGCAGAUAUCCGGGCUCUUUUGUCAAGCUGCUGGACCCGGAUGACGAGGAAGAGUAAAAGUGUGUCUCUCUCGGCAUCGCCUGCAGGGUCUGCUCCCUUGGAAUAAAGUUUCAGCAUUAUCUUUAAGAACGCUCUCCUCGAGGUCGAAGAAUCCCAUGCCACUAAAAAAUCGGAGAGAGAGAUAGGCAGAAGACAGACAGAAAGACACGCAAAGACGGAUGAACUGAGAAAAAGACAAUAAGCCUAGGAACACAAAGAGAAACAUUUUGUCUAUAUCUGGAAAUUCGUGCUUCGUCAACCAGCUCUCGAUUUAGCAUGUUGAAAUGCCACCGUUAUUGAAAAUAAAUUAUUAUUUAAA